GAACGGGAAUAACUUGACAGUCAUCACCAAAUCAGACUUCUCUGGUCUCAAACACCUCCGAGUCCUUCAUCUGAUGGAGAACCAGAUCAGUAACGUUGAGAGGGGAGCUUUUGAUGAGCUGAAGGAGCUGGAGAGACUUCGCCUCAACAAGAACCGUCUCAGCCAACUUUCAGAACUACUGUUUCAGAAGAACGAAGCUCUGUCUCGACUGGACUUGAGUGAAAACGGCAUCCAGGCCAUCCCGAGGAGAGCCUUCAGAGGAGCCACGGAUCUCAAAAACCUUCAGCUGGAUAAGAACCAUAUCAGCUGUAUUGAGGAGGGGGCGUUUCGAGCUCUGCGAUCUCUGGAAGUACUCACGCUCAACAACAACAACAUCAGCAGUAUUCCUGUUUCCAGUUUCAACCACAUGCCGAAGCUCCGUACCUUUCGUCUCCACUCUAACUCUCUGCGUUGUGACUGUCACCUGGCCUGGUUGUCUCCAUGGUUGCGGCAGCGGCCGUCAUUAGGCCUCUACACCCAGUGCAGCUCCCCUCCCGCCCUGAGGGGCCUCAACCUCGCCGAGCUGCGCAAGAGCGACUUCGCCUGCUCAGGCCACGGCGGCAGUGCCUUCGUUCAGCCAUGCAGCCUGGCGUCUGGCUCCUGUCCUCCGAUGUGCUCCUGCAGCAACAACAUUGUGGACUGUCGAGGGAGGGGCCUCACCGCCAUCCCCGCCCACCUCCCUGAGGCCAUGACUGAGAUUCGUCUGGAGCAGAAUGGUAUCAAGUCGGUUCCUCCGGGUGCUUUUACCUCCUACAAGAAGCUUCGUCGAAUAGACCUGAGUAACAACCAGAUAUCCGAGAUUGCUCCUGAUGCUUUUCACGGCCUCCGAGCUCUCAACUCACUGGUUCUGUAUGGUAAUAAGAUCACUGAGCUGCCCAGCGGAGUGUUUGAUGGCCUGGCCUCUCUGGAGCUGCUGUUGCUGAAUGCAAAUAAGAUCCACUGUAUUAGAGCCACAGUGUUCAAAGAUCUGGAGAACUUGGCUCUGCUGUCGCUGUACGACAACAAGAUCCAGAGUCUGGCCAAAGGCACCUUCAGCUCAUUGCACAGCAUCCAGACUCUCCACCUGGCCCAGAACCCCUUCGUGUGUGACUGUAAUGUGAAGUGGCUGGCCGACUUCCUGCGCUCAAACCCCAUAGAGACCAGCGGAGCGCGCUGCGCCAGCCCUCGCCGCCUCGCCAACAAACGCAUCGCACAGAUCAAGAGCAACAAGUUCCGCUGCUCCGCCAAGGAGCAGUACCACAUCCCAGGUGCUGAAGACAGGCGUCUGAGCUACGAGUGUAACAGCAAGCCGGUGUGUCCCACCAAGUGUCGCUGUGAGGCCAACGUAGUCGACUGCUCCAACCUCCGCCUCACCAAGUUCCCUGAACACCUGCCCUCCUCCACCGAGGAACUGCGUCUCAACAACAACGAUCUCUCCGUGCUGGAGGCCACCGGAGCCUUUAAGGGCCUGUCGCAGCUCAAGAAAAUUAAUCUGAGCAACAACAAGAUCUCAGAGAUUGAGGAUGGGGCGUUUGAAGGUGCGUCCUCAGUGGCGGAGCUUCACCUGACAGCCAAUCACCUGGAGUCUGUCAGCGGGAGCAUGUUCAAAGGCAUGGAGGGACUACGCAUGCUGAUGCUGAGGAACAACAAGAUCAGCUGUAUCCAUAACGGCAGUUUCACAGGUCUGACCAACGUCAGGCUGCUCUCCCUCUAUGACAACCAGCUCAGCACCAUCCUGCCGGGAGCCUUCGACACCCUGCCCAACCUCUCCACACUGAACCUCCUGGCCAAUCCUUUUAACUGUGAUUGCCGUCUCUCCUGGUUUGGGGCGUGGCUGCGGAGCCGCAGAAUCGUGACAGGGAAUCCUCGCUGCCAGGGCCCCGCCUUCCUCCGAGAGAUCCCACUGCAGGACGUCGCUGUACCUGACUUCCGCUGCGAGGAUGGCUCUGUUCUGGAGGACAGCAGCUGUGCUCCGGGACGUCAGUGUCCCAGUCAGUGUACCUGCAUGGACACGGUGGUCCGCUGCAGCAACAAACACCUGCAGGCUCUGCCCAGAGGAUUGCCCCGCAAUGUCACUGAACUGUAUCUGGAUGGAAACCAGUUCACCAGUGUUCCCAAGGAAUUAGCCACCUUCAAAUACCUGCAACUUGUAGAUCUGAGCAACAAUAAAAUCAGCUCCCUGUCCGAUGACUCCUUCUCCAAUAUGAGCCAGCUCACCACUCUGAUCCUCAGUUACAACUCUUUGCGCUGUAUCCCUCCUCUGGCACUGGGCGGCUUACGCUCUCUGAGACUGCUCUCUCUCCAUGGCAACGACAUCUCUGAGCUGCAGCAGGGCAUCUUCAGCGACGUGGCCUCCUUGUCUCACCUAGCGAUCGGAGCCAACCCUCUCUACUGCGACUGUCGUCUGCUCUGGCUGUCAGACUGGGUGAAGAGCGGCUAUAAAGAGCCCGGAAUCGCCCGCUGUGCCGGCCCCGGCGGCAUGGAGGGCAAGCUGCUGCUUACCACGCCCGCUGACAAGUUCCAGUGUCUGGGUCCCGUGGAGGCUUCUGUCCAGGCCAAAUGCAGCCCGUGUGUGUCCUCUCCCUGCCAGAACCAGGGUGUCUGCCAAGUACACCACACACAACCGUACACCUGCACCUGCAAGGCUGGAUUCACGGGUAAAUUCUGUGAGACUCCAGUUGAUGCUUGUGUCAGUAAUCCCUGCACCAACGGAGGCACCUGUCUCAGUGAUGAACAGACCAGAGGAUUCAGCUGUGCAUGUGCGUUUGGUUUCCACGGCACUUUCUGUGAGGUGAACGUGGACGACUGUCAGGAUCACGGGUGUGAGAACGGCGCCACCUGUGUGGACGGAGUGGGCAACUACACGUGUUUGUGUUCUCCACACUACACAGGUCUGUUUUGUGAGGAAGAGGAGGGUGUGUGCUCUCCAGGUAGAAACCCCUGUCAGCACCAGUCCACCUGCAUCAGCAGUCCUACCGGCCCCAGGUGUGUGUGUAUCCCCGGCUGGGUGGGGCCAGACUGCGGUAUAGAUUAUAACGAGUGUGUUGAUCAUCGCUGUCAGAACGGAGCUCAGUGCGUCGACCAUCUGGACGGCUACAGCUGCGUCUGUCCACAGGGAUACAGUGGUGAGUUUUGUGAGGUGGCCCUUCCUCCUCCGUCGCCCUGCCAGCUUGCUCAGUGUCAGAACGGCGCCCCCUGUGUGGAGAAGACAGGCACCGCGGUCUGUCAGUGUCUGCCGGGCUUCGAGGGUGAGAGCUGUGAGAAGCUGGUCAGUGUCAACUUUGUCGACAGAGAUUCAUACGUUCAACUACAAGAUGUCAAGAACUGGCCUCAAGCCAACAUCACGCUGCAGGUGUCAACAGCAGAGGAAAACGGUAUUUUGCUUUAUAACGGAGACAACGAGCCAAUCGCUGUGGAGCUGCAUCAGGGUCAUGUCAGGGUCACCUACGACCCUGGUAACCAGCCUGCCACUGCUAUCUAUAGCACUGAGACGGUGAACGAUGGGCGUUUCCACACGGUAGAGCUGGUGACCUUUAACCGGAUGGUGAACCUGUCUGUGGACGGAGGAGAGCCCACGACCCUGGACAGUCAGGGGCGCAGCCAGCUGGUGACGGGGGACGGCCCUCUGUAUGUGGGAGGUAUGCCCGAGGAGGUGAUGCCUGCAUCUCUGGGUCUCUCCGCUCAGACUCUCAACAUGUCAAGUUUCCACGGCUGCAUCAGGAACCUGUAUAUCAAUCACGAGCUGCAGGACUUCACCCGUAGCCACAUGAAACCGGGGGUGGUGCCGGGAUGCCAGGCUUGCCGCAAACUCUACUGCUUGCACGGCAUCUGCCAACCCAAUGCUGCACAGGGACCUCAGUGUCACUGCCAGUCAGGUUGGACAGGACAACACUGUGACCAGCCGAUAACAGGAGGCCUUCCUGGAGCGGAUGUUGUCACCACGGCAACCGGUGUCAACCCCUGUGAAGGCAGCAAAAUCUCUCUGUUGUCGUCCAGGUGUGUAAAGGGCGUGUGCGUGGCGUUGGACACACAGACGUACCGUUGCGACUGCGAGGACGGAUACCGCGGCGCGCUGUGUAACCUGCAGGGGGAGCCGGCGGGCUCGUGUCAGCAGCUGCGGUGUCUGCACGGUCAGUGUGAGGAGACAGAGGACGGAGAACGCUGCGUCUGUGAGCAGGGAUACACUGGAGAGAGCUGUGAUAUAGAGUCCCUGUGUCGAGGUGAGCCGGUGAGGGAUUACCACCGGCUGCAGCGCGGCACCGUCCUCUGCCAGACGUCCAAGUCUUUCUCCUGGGUGGAAUGUCAAGGCCGGUGCCAGGCGGGAACCGAGCCGGGCGUCACCGCCGCCUCCUGCUGCGCUCCUCUGAGGGUCCGACGCCGGCGACUCACCUUCGAAUGUGACGACGGGACCUCGUUUACGCAGGAUGUGGAGAAACCUGUGGAGUGUGGCUGCAAGGAGUGUGUGUAGUACUGCGGAUGUGAUGGUGCGCACAUACACACAUGCAGACACACACACACAUCCAAACACACACACACACCAAGAGGUACACACACUGUAGGGACUCUAUCACUGAUGAACGGACAUUUUUGAUGUUUGUUUUGUGUUUUUUUGCGCAUAGCCGCAGUUUUGUAACAUAAGACAGUUCUUCCCUCUCGAGACAUGAAAUCAACAAGUCAACCUCAUCGUCAUCUUCCUCUUCUUCACCUGCAGCAGGAGAACCUGUGCACUAACUACCUAACUCCAGCUCAUUAUUAAUCCUCGUGUGUUGAAAAGCCUCCGAAUGCCUUCUGGUUUCUGAUGUGUGGCUGGUUAAGUGCUGCUCUUCACUCCCUCACAGCUGCGACAGCCGGCGUUGACUUGUCGCAGGAAAUAAAAAGGGCCACAUCGCUGAGGAGCUGAAGAUCUCCAGUCUAGCUACGCGAGGGUUCGACUGCUGCGAGGCUCCGUUUCAGUCUCACUUUCUGCUUUUAAAGAUUCAUGAAGGCUGAAGCUGCUUCUGUUCAACCACAUUCAGACUGUCUCCCGUCACACCGAAGCUCUAUCGUAGGAGGUAGAGGUUUAGAUUGAUACGUUCACAUUAAUCUAUCAAAGACGAUUUCUAUUUUUUACUGCGGAGUCAGAACACAGAGAGGGAGAAGAAGAAGCUCAACAGGACAGAAAAGAGAUGUGAAUAUAAAGAUUUUGCUGUGUUUUUGCACAACAGUCUGGAACCGGAGACGCCUCAUGAUCGACUGACACACGUGUCGGCUACAGAUGU